AUGUCAGAGCGUCAGCAGGUCAACAAGUCAGAACUCCGGAACGUGGGUAUCGCGGGGGUGAGGCCCCGCGGGACGGGGCAGAAAUUGUUUUGCUUGCGGCGUGGCAACGUGCAGGAUGCAGAUUCUUUGGAGCAAGACAUGGGAGACUCCGACCAGCGCGCAGUUCGGCAACCGGCGAAGACGGCGCAGAAGGAUCACACCCAGAGCGUCGGAGAAGCUCAAACUCGAGAGCUUGGCCGUCGAGGUCUCAGGCUUGAUCUGAGAGACGACAGAACGCGAGUUGCAGGAUGCAUAGCAAGGUCGCAGAUCGCGGGUCGCAAGUCGCCGCGGAACCUCAACCGCUGUCCAAGGCCCCCAAGGCCCCCAGCAAGACAUCCCAGUCUGUGGUUGCGGGCGGGCUUGAUAAGGCUAGCAGCGCCAUGUGGCCGACCCCAUGAUAAGAAGCCAGCCGCCCACUGGUGUGACCAGGGCCCUGAUGGUGUACGGCUGGUGAUGGGUGAGGAGGAGGAGGAGGAGGAGGAGGAGGAGGAGGAGGAGGAGGAGGCCAAGAGGCAGAAGAGGUGA